AUGUCGAAUGGGCGAAAUACAGAGUCGCAGGAUAAGAAUAACCUGCGACCUACGGCCAAACGAUCGCCGUCGAUUUUAGUCACCGACGCUAGAAGCAGUAAUGUGAAGGGCGCCAGGGCUCCAUUUGCUGGGCAGAAUUAUAGAAAACAACAACAGCAGCAGUCACUGGGACAACUGGGCGGAUCGAACUAUUCAGAUAACAGAAGCCAUCCGCUGAGCCCUUCCUUGCAUCGUCGAUUCAAUACUCGCUCGAACAAGUACACCGACAUCUCUGUUGACAAAUUGUUGAGCAAUUCCAGUGAUAUUCCUUCUGGCCAAAGCAGAUUCCCCAAUUCUGCUCAGAGCGCACGCUUUCCUUCCCCAAGACCCUCCCUGCCACCGAUUGACGCUGCAUUGCUGCACGAGCAGAGAAGACGAAACAUCAGAAGCAUACCCAAACUAUCGCAGAACCUACCUGCGAGAACUUCAAAGACGUCUCAGAAAUUAGUGUUGAUUCCUGAUGAGCACCAGUCUAGUCCUGGAUCUUCACUGCCACAACGUAUGGGGUCACCACCUCCUCUGGAUAGGUCUGAUCCCCCUCUGAUUCAGAGAAGCAGGGCAGAACUCAUGCCUAAGGAAGCAAGGGCACAAGAAUUCAGUAGAGUCACCGCUUAUUUUAUUUGUGAAGAGUUCGAUAAUACUGCUCUCAUGGAGUUCCUCAAGAACACACAUGAGGUUAAGCCUCGAUUGUACGAUGAAGCUCUUUACGUUCCAUAUGCAUUGCCGUUGCUACCAGGCUCUGACGGUUUCAGAGUCAAGUCUAAUGAUACCGCCAAAUCUUUGCCAAGCAAACGAUACAUGGAGAAGAUGAUUCGUAAGUCGGAGGAGACUGAUCAUUUGUAUGAGUACUAUUCGGGUGUUGAAACGCCCGAAGACGCCAUGAACUACUCAAUGGAUCCUGAAGAUGGUAAUGCUGAGAACUAUGGCCCAUUUGAUCCUUCAGAGCCUCAGUUUUUUGCUCCACCUCAAGACAUCGAGGAUGACAGCAAUAGCGAGGGUGAAACGUCUUCUAAAAAGUCGGACGCUAAUAGCGAUUCACUGAAACCAGACAGUCUCAGCCGCAUGAACAAGGACGACGUUCAAGAAGAGAUAAGUAAACAUCACGCCGAGAUGUUCGUGCUUGAAUAUGGUAUCAUUGUCUUCUGGAAUUUCACCGAAAUUCACGAGAAGAACAUUUUGGCUGACCUCGCCUUCUCAGAGGUCCCAAUUCUAAUAAAUCCAAUCAGUGAUCAUGAGAUUGAAACCGAGGAAUUCCACUUCGAAUACGACUCACUGGUGCAAAGACCCAGAAUCUAUAAUGACAUGAUCACCUUACGUUCUGCAGACCACCUCAUCAAACUUACAAUGUCAUAUGCUCUCGCUCAACUGACAAAGCUUUGUCUAUUCGAGAGCCGAAUGGUGUAUAGUUUGCAGCUGAUAUCGAAACUUCCAAAGAAACUUGCUUUGACAGGAAAGCUAGGCCUCAAAAGGCAGCAGCUUUUGAAGAAAUCUGGUAAGCUUUUCAAGUUGCGAGUGGAUGUAAACUUGUCAAGCUCUAUUUUGGAUACGCCAAAUUUCUUCUGGUCUCUUGAACCUGCCUUGCACCCUCUCUAUAAUGCUGUGCGUGAUUAUCUUGAGAUCGAGCAAAGAGUCCUGGUUUUGAAUGACAGAUGCAAGGUCUUUUUGGAGUUCUCGAACAUCAUCAGUGACAGCAUUAAUGAGUCCAACACCAGCCGUAUCACUACCAUGAUUAUAAUCAUCAUUGUCAUCAGCGUUUCUGUGAGCAUAUUUGAGUUCAUGUUACAGCUUUUCUAG